AUGAUUUACAAGACUUUUUUUUUCGCCCUGGUGGUGGUAUUCCUCCAAUGCGUCCAAGAUGUUGCGUCCUACCUACCCGGGAUGAACCCAACGACCUACAAACGGGGCGACAAGGUGACGAUCAGCGUGAAGAACCUGUCCAGCCGGCGAGCAGUGACAAGCCUGGAUUAUUUCACCUUCCCACUGUGCUCCGCGGAUAACGCAAACAUAGCGGCCGAGGAGGCGCCAAACCUGUUUAAAAUCCUCUCCGGGGACAGCCUCCACAGCGCGUCCAUGGAGACGACAUUCCUCAACGAUACGAAGUGUGCCUUCUACUGUACAAUCUACAUUGACGACAAGGCCUAUGAUAAAUACAAACACCUCAUUCUGUACAAUUAUAAUAUGAUUUAUUCAGUGGACAAUUUGGAUAUCUUUCGCCAGGACCCUCGACGGAAGGGUUCUUACUACACGGGCAUCCCCGUCGGCUACAUCCAGGAUAAAAACUACCUGCUGUACACCUACUUCCAAAUCACCAUCCUGUACAACAACAACGGGGGUCAAUCGGACAAGAACUACAUCGUGGGGUUCGAGGUGGAGCCCAAGAGUGUCGACUUCGAGCAAGACGAUCGGUGCGAGUCCAACCAAGCCACCAUGCUGAUGAAGAAAGGCAAGUAUGUGACAUUCAAAUAUGACAUCAAGUAUGUACAAAGUGAGAACUCCUUUCAAAACAGAUCAGAACACUAUUAUAGGAAUCUCAACGACCAAAGUAUGAUUCACUGGUUUUCCAUUCUGAAUAGUAUUAUCCUGUUUAUCCUCCUCUGGUUCUUCAUAAGUUCGAUCCUUAUCAAGGCCCUACAUAAAGACAUCAAUAAAUAUAACCGACUGAAUACAAACAUAUUUGAGACAGACGAUAUUGACGAUCGUGGAUGGAAGUUAGUCCAUGGAGACGUCUUUAGGAAGCCUAUAAACUCCACCUUCCUCUCAGCUUUUGUCGGCGUGGGAAUACAGAUCAUCUUUAUGAUCCUCGUUUGUGCUCUGAUUCUCCUCAUCGGUGUGUAUAAGUACAGACAGAGGUAUAGAUACAUACAAAUCAUGUUCUUCAUUUGGACCUUCAUCAGUAGCAUUUCUGGAUACGCAUCAUCUCGUCUGUAUAAGCUAUUCAAGAGUAAACAUGUGAAGCUUACCAUCUUUAGGACCUCCCUCAUUUAUCCUGUCAUUUUGUUUAUCCUUUUCUUCCUGAUCAAUCUUGUCCUUCAUUAUGAGCACUCCAACACGGCUAUCUCCUUUUCCUCAUUAACCUUCGUUUGCGUCCUUUGGUUCGGCAUAUCUGUGCCGCUAAUCUGUUUGGGAUCUUACAUUGGGAACAAGAAGAAUCCGAUAGAACUCCCUGUGCGGGUGAAUAACAUCCCAAGACACAUUCCGAAGCAGCCCCUCCUCAAUUCCUUCUUCGCGUCUUGCUUCCUCGUGGGCCUCAUCCUCUUCGCGACCAUGUACACGGAGCUAUUCUUCCUCUUCACGUCCCUCUGGAAAAGCAACGUGUACUACCUCUUUGGGUUCCUCUUCUUGGUGAUUUUCCUGCUCGGACUGCUGAGCGCCCAGCUGUCCAUCGCCCUGACAUACUACACCCUCUCCUGCGAGGACUACAACUGGUGGUGGAAAUCCUUUGUGGCACCGGGGUCAUCAGGACUGUUCUUCUUCCUCUACUCAGUGUAUUACUUCUUCGUCAAGCUAAGCAUCUCCAGCUUUGCUGAAACUUUUAUUUACUUCGCCUACUCGUUUAUCAUGUCCUACACGUGCUUCAUUUACACGGGCACGGCGGGCUUCCUGGCAUCCUUCGUCUUCCUGAGGAAAAUCUACUCCUCGAUAAAGGUGGACUGA